CAAGUUUUAUUAAGUUUUACUUUGACAGUAUACCUGGCUCAUUGUAGCCAAAUUGACUACAUAAAUAGUCUGGGUACCACAUGGAAGGCUGGUAAAAACUUUGAAAAAGGGUUUGAACCGGCACUGGGUCUGGCACCCGGUUAUAAGCCACUAACACCAAGCUCAGACAUUACUUAUAAUAUUGCCGAUGAGGAAAUACCAGAAAACUUUGAUCCCCGGGUGCAAUGGCCCGACUGUUACACCGUUAAGGAAAUUAGAAAUCAAGGGUGUUGUGGAUCGUGUUGGGCAUUUUCUACAUCCGAAGUCAUAUCCGACCGCAUAUGCAUCGCAUCCAAAAACAAACAACAGGUAGAGGUCUCUGCCGAAGAUGUCCUAACAUGCAGUGGGGCCGGUGGUUGCGGAGGUGGUUGGCCUAGUAGUGUGUUCAACUACUACAUCAAAUCAGGUGUUAUUAGCGGUGGUCUAGUGAACAGUCAUAAGGGUUGUCAGCCCUACACCAUAAUCGGUGACCAUCCGUGCGCUUCGUACGUACCGACCCCUAAGUGUCAAAAGUCGUGUAUCGCGGGCUAUAACCGUACGUACACUCAGGACAAACAUUUUGGUAGUAAAUCCUAUGGCGUCAGUGCUAAAGAUGUUCAGAAGGAGCUCAUGACAAAUGGACCUGUGUCAGCUACAUUUAGUGUAUACAACGACUUUUUCUCAUACAAAACCGGUGUCUACCACCACGUGACCGGUGAGAUGAAGGGAGGU